AUGGCUGCUCGUUCAGACCAUAUGCCGCCUCGAGCCGAGUGCCACUCAUCGACUGCAUCGUGGCUGAUCAUGCAGUGGCUGAUUACCACAAGAGGGCAAGCGAACCCAGAACGGCGGAUGAUGCUGACGGUGCUCAACAGAGAUAUUCACAUGGCGGCUAUCCUUGAGCCGCGCUACAGACACCGUCUGUCUGCGCCGCCGCAGCCGCCAUCGCAGCACCACCAGCAGCAGCAGCGACACGAUCAAAGUGCGGAGCAGAACCGAUCGAAUGGGUUUGCGCUUCGACAGAGUGUCAAGUCGACCGCAACCAAGCGCCACAUGCUCGUCGGCGGUACCGGAUCACAUCUUGACAUCCGCAACAGAGAUGCGAGCGGCUGGUCAAUCGAUGAAACGAGAUGCUGGAAAAGCCACCCAAGAUUCGCUCGAUCCGUCACGGCGGAGCUGAAGCUGCAGCCAAGAUGGGGUUGCUCGCCACUCUCCCACUCACGACUCCUUUUUCGUGCAGAAGGCUGCAUGCUCGAUGCCCAGACGUGCAGUAGACUCAGUCCACACGGCUUCUACGAUCUACGAUGCGCUCUGACAGAAGCCGCCAAGUCGGAGAUGGAUAGGUCUGACCGAGCUUUGCAUGCGUGUGUCAAGCGCCUUCCAUUUUUUUUCUCCGCGAGGCACUUGAGCAGCAGCAGCAGCAGCAGCAGCAGCAGGGGCACUCGACGCGAGUGGUUUCCAAGCCAAAAGAAGCAAGUUGAGUUGGACUUAGUGAGCGAGGCCACGCGAGUCGCUUCUGUCGUGCAAGCCUUAUUUUCACUUUUGCCGUUGGGCGUGCUUGAGGGAUCUGCGUCGAGUGAGACACCGGUUGCGUGGUUGCAAAUUCGUGUGUUGAUCUGCCUCGUGCUGUAA